UGGAGACACAGGCGCUGGCGGCCCCGUCCGCUCUCCGCCUCGAGCCGCGCCCUCCUCGCCCGCGAUGGGCCCCCCCCCCGCCGCCGCCGCCGCCGCCGCCGCCGGAGCCCUCGCCUGCCGGCCGCCGCCGCCGCCGCCGCGCUCGCCGCGCUCGCCCUGAAGCCCGCGCUCGCCCUGAAGCCCGCGCCCCGGCGCGCCGCGGCUGGCCCGGCAGCCUCGCCCCGUACCGCACCGGCCGGCGGCAGAGCGCUCGCGAUGCUGCCGCCCGCGCCCUCCGUCCUGCUGCUGCUGCUGCUGUGUCCCGCGCCCGUCGGUGGGCUGUGGUGGGCAGUGGGCAGCCCCCUGGUCAUGGACCCCACCAGCAUCUGCAGGAAAGCACGGCGGCUGGCAGGGCGGCAGGCUGAGCUGUGCCAGGCCGAGCCAGAAGUAGUGGCGGAGCUGGCCCGGGGCGCCCGGCUUGGGGUGCGAGAGUGCCAGUUCCAGUUCCGUUUCCGCCGCUGGAACUGCUCCAGCCACAGCAAGGCCUUCGGGCGCAUCCUGCAGCAGGACAUCCGGGAGACGGCCUUCGUGUUCGCGAUCACGGCCGCGGGCGCCAGUCACGCGGUCACGCAGGCCUGCUCCAUGGGCGAGCUGCUGCAGUGCGGCUGCCAAGCGCCCCGCGGCCGGGCCCCUCCCCGCCCCCCUGGUCUGCCCGGCACCCCCGGGCCCCCAGGCCCGGCCGGCUCCCCCGACGGCAGCGCCGCCUGGGAGUGGGGAGGCUGCGGCGACGACGUGGACUUCGGGGACGAGAAGUCGAGGCUCUUUAUGGAUGCGCGGCACAAGCGGGGACGCGGAGACAUCCGUGCGUUGGUGCAACUUCACAACAACGAGGCCGGCCGGCUGGCCGUGCGGAGCCAUACGCGCACCGAGUGCAAGUGCCACGGCCUGUCGGGCUCGUGCGCUCUGCGGACCUGCUGGCAGAAGCUGCCCCCGUUCCGCGAGGUGGGCGCGCGGCUGCUCGAGCGCUUCCACGGCGCCUCGCGUGUCAUGGGAACCAACGACGGCAAGGCCCUGCUGCCCGCCGUCCGCACUCUCAAGCCGCCCGGCCGCGCCGACCUCCUCUACGCCGCCGACUCGCCCGACUUCUGCGCUCCCAACCGGCGCACCGGCUCGCCCGGCACGCGCGGCCGCGCCUGCAACAGCAGCGCCCCGGACCUCAGCGGCUGCGACCUGCUGUGCUGCGGCCGCGGGCACCGCCAGGAGAGCGUGCAGCUCGAGGAGAACUGCCUGUGUCGCUUCCACUGGUGCUGCGUCGUGCAGUGUCACCGCUGCCGCGUGCGCAAGGAGCUCAGCCUCUGUCUCUGACGCGCCGCCCGGCGGCUGGGGGGCCUCUGGACCCCAGCGGGGGCGCUGCCCAGCUUCUCCCGGCGACAGCCCAUCUCCCAGGCCUCCGGAAACUGAGAGGGGCGGGGCUGGGGAUUCACGCCUGCCCAGGAAGGCCCCAGGGCGCUGGAGAACCGCACCCCCCCAAAACCCGCCAGGGAGCGCUCUGGAGGGCUUGGGGGCGGGGAGGCAAUGCAGUCUCUCUCGCUCUUUGGCCCCCAUAUGGAAACCAAAGAGCCAGUCUCUAGGCCUCUGGAUGCAGGACUCCUUAGAACUGCUGGCCAUGGGGUGGGUGGGUGAGUUUAGUAUCAAUAAAAGUAUUUAAACCAAUAGGACUGGGCCCACGGUUUGGGAGGGGAGCUGGCCUCCAGGGGGCUGACAUGGGGCCAGGCUUCCCAAGGAGUGUGUAAAGGAAGAUGGUUUUGACAGAACUAGCAUCUCAGGGGUCAUCCUUAGGCCCCUAUCUUCUCACCUAUUGGAUUAAGCUCGCCUGGCAACGUGAUGAAGAGUCACCCUUGCCACGUUUCUCUGGCCUGCAUCUUAGGAAGACCUAAGCCGUCCCUUUUUAAAGGAACAGACUGAACAGGUCUAGGAAAAGAAGCCCAGACACCUCUGGUAGUGUACUCAGCUCUCAGAUCAGCCCUCAUCUUAAUUCUAGGGGACUGUGAUGCCUUCAUCUGUCCUUCUGUUUCUGUGACCCCUGGGGGUAUUCGAGGGUAGAUUUUUAGGGCCACCCAAGCCCAUAGGAUUAAAGCACUUUAUAAACUAGAAUGUGAUGAAACAAUGUUAUUAGUAACAUCUGACUUUGUUACCAUCAAAACUAACUUCACCCCUGUUAGUGUCCAAAAGACUGCUCAGAACGGCAUUUCUAAUCACACUCAGGAGAAGAAGCGAAGCUGUCCCAAGGUUUCUCUUGGCUCCCAACCACAUUUCCUUCCUUCUGGUUCUUUCUCAGGAAGCCCCCAGUUUUCCCACAGUCCAAAUACUAUAGUGGACAAUGACUACCCCACCCAGGUAUGUAGGCAAAGCAUGAGCUUCGGAUUCAGGCACUCUGGGUUGGAACCCACUGCUGCUGCUUAGAAGGUUGCAAUAUAAGCAUGUUAGCCUCAGUUUCUUUAGCUAUACAAUGGGAACACCAUCGUGUCUCAGUUAUCUAUUGCUGCAUAACAAACAACCCCCAAAUAAUGACUUCUCACGAUCCUGUAGAUUACGAAUU